AAGUUUCUACACCAGUUCAUUCCCACCGUUUGUUAUACCUGCAUACAAAAUGUUGCCGUAUACCACUGUUUGGAUUUAUAGUUGUAUAUUUGUUUGUAUCCAAGGUCAAGUUUGGGAUGCAUAUAUAAAGUUUCAUAGUCAGCCUGGAAAUAACAAGUGCGAUUUCCAUGAUACGAUACAUGUUACUUUACAGACAAAUGAUUCUGAACAUUUUCUUGGUCUAAAACGUAACGAUGACAUCGACACACAGUUACCUUUGUAUUCAAUCUCUGCUGAUACCGAGGGAAAUACGCUCUAUAAAAGACAUUAUGAUACUGUCGGAAAAAAAAUAGCUGUUUAUCAGGACUUACAAAAUGGCGCCUCGCUGUUGAUCCAAUGUAUUAACGAAGUCAGUGAAACAGACGGUCAUUUUCUUAUGGAUGGGCAUUUGUAUUUGAAGAAUAGUCAUUAUCGAAUAGAACCAGUUCUGACGAAUGGUCAAGUAGAUCGUCAUCCCGAUAAUAAAUACAAACAUCGUUAUAGUCUCUCUGUACAGGAAGAUCACCAUAGCUGCCACGUAGAAAAACCUUCUGACGAUAACUUCAAUGCACCUUCUUCCAAACAAAAGAGAAUUAAAAGAGAAACUGCAACAUUACCACCAAUCGUUAUUGAUAUAUCGGUACAUGUAGACAAAGAAGGGUUUAAAGCGUGGCAAGACAGAUCGAAAAAUGAUGAAGAAGCAAGAGCCGUCGUAAAGAAAUAUUUUACGCACGUCAUCAGUGGGAUAAAUUUGAGAUACCAAUCUAUGAAACCAGAUUUAAACGUGGUUGUUAGACCGAUAUCUAUAACCAUUCAUGAGAUUGAACGUCCAUUUACAGAUGGCAUAAAGGAGAUAAGAAAUGGCGUAGAAACUGUAAAUGCUGAACAUGUUUUAACUAAUUUAACUAGUUGGAUUCAAUCUAAUACAAAUACUGUUGGCAAUUAUGAUCAUGUCAUGCUAUUUACCGGAUAUGAUUUAUAUAGUACUGGCAAUGAAGAGUUUACAGCCGGGUUAGCUUCUGUCGGUACCUUGUGUAAAACAGACGGCACCAGUGUGUCUGUGGUAGAAGACCGAGGUGGAUACCAGAGUAUUGUUACAGCUACACACGAAUUGGGACACGGGACAAACGCUGAGCAUGAUGGAAGUGGGAACCCGUGUAAAGCACUGGAAAGAUAUAUAAUGUCACCUAGAACAUAUAAUGAAACAGCAGAAACUGCUCUUAACCCAUGGAAAUUUUCUUCUUGUUCUAAAGAUUCCUUUAAAGCCUUCUUAUCAGAACUUGUAAAUAAUUCGGACACACAAGACUGUGUUACUAAAUCAAUAAGCCAGACUGGUAUACCUAAUAUUACUAAUGAGCUUGCUGGUCAGUUGUAUGGUCCUGAUGAACAGUGUCGUCACAUUUUCUCCGCUGAUUCUUAUGUAUGCCGUGAUAGAAUUUUUGGUAAUGAGACUGAUAUAUGUAGAAAGAUGUUUUGUCAUGUAACUGGUACAUUAUGUCGAGGUAUAAUACCAGCUCAAGGUACUUCUUGUGGAGAUAAAAAGUGGUGUAUUCAAGGUGAAUGUGUAGCAAAUAUACGUGCCCCAGAUCGAGCAGCUGGGUGUAUAUAUGGAGACCAUGAUGGCACGGUACCUAACGCAAAAGAAUCAGUAACUUGUAAUGAUAUCAAAACAACUUUUAAUGGUUAUUGUUACAAAGGAUAUGCUGACAGUUGCUGUGAAACCUGUGCACAAGUGAAGACCAAUAAUUCAGAUUGCUUGUAUGGGGAUAAGGCCAAAGAUUGUAAUGUUAAUAGAUGUGGAAAAAAAUUAGAAAAUAGCGACAUGCUCUAUGACGUAGAUUGCUGUGGUACGUGUGAGGGAAUAACCACUGACAUAACUUCUACCACGACCACAACAACUACCUCAAUUACACCAAGUUGCACGGAUGUUCCUAGCGUUAAUGGAAAAACCUGUUCUGAAUACUUACAAGACCGAGGGAGUCGUCAGUGUUAUGAACCAAAAACUAAGGAGGCAUGCUGUGCAUCAUGUAGACAACGUAAAGAAAAUAUACUUGAUUGUGAAUAUGGUGAUAAACCUGAAGUCUGUGACAUCAGUUCUUGUGGCAAACCAGUAGAAGGAGGCGGGACGUACACAGAUGCGUGCUGUAAAACAUGUGCGACUGAUACGACACCAUCGACACCAACAAUGAUGACUGAUACGCCUUGUGUGGAUAAUAACGACAUUGAUGGUAUGACGUGUGCUGUGUAUAUAACCAAGAAUGGUAAAGCUAGUUGUUAUUUGAGUAAUGUUGUAACAACUUGCUGUCAGACUUGUACAGCGUAUAAAGUUAUUUCUCAACCAGGUUGUGAAUAUGGUGACCGAGAGGCUUCCUGUUCUUCUGUUGAUUUUACUAGUUUUGCGGCAUGUGGUACACAGAGUAAACAGCAAUGUUGUGAAAGUUGUGCUAAGUUGAAAGAGCAACCGGUAUCACCGUGUAAUGAUACGGCGGGUAUUGGGGGACUAUCUUGCAAUGAAUAUAUAGCUAAAAACAAAAAGGUCUCGUGUUAUAAUGAGGAUGUUAAACGCUUGUGUUGUAAAUCUUGCCAUUUUGUCGCAGACGAUAAGAAAAAAGGCUGUGAAUAUGGGGACUUAUAUGCCGAUACUUGCAAUCUGCUUGACUUUAGCAAGUAUGAUAAUUGUGGUACAACAACGAAAUUUUACUGCUGUGAUAAAUGUUUAAAGUUAGAUGAUUCUGACAAUGCUGAUCCUGGUAAUGCUAUACGAAACGGUGGGAGUACAUUGCUCAUUGUUAGUCUGCUUUGUAUUGCGUUCUGUUUUUGCCAUACAAAUAUGGGGUUGUUAUAAAUGCCAAAGAAAACUAUUUUGAUUAACCCACGAGAAAACGUUACUUCGGACACAUUCCGAACCAGUUGUCUUUCAUACAUUAAGUUUGUAUUAUAUUAUUCAUUGUGCAUCCUACUCAUUUGUAUAUCUUACUAAAGAUUCACUGUGUGUAUAACUUGUACUUUGCUUACAUACAGUUGUCAUCAAAAAUUAAUAAAAUACAACGGGAUAUAUACCUGGGGCAGGUUGUUCAAAACUCAGUUAUUUUAACGACCCGUUAAACGUGUCGUUUGGUUAAUUGUUGUUAAAUAUAUUUUACUGGAAAGUCAAGUUAGCUAACGGCCUGAUUAAAGUUAUUUUUUUUAAAUUCAAUGUGCAUGUAAUAUAACUUCAUAGAAGUUAGUAUCAACAAGAAUCUGAAGAAAGUGGGACAACUGUGAAGUCUGUUCACAAAAUUUGAUUAAAUACAACAAGAUAACUGUAAAAUGUCCUACAGAAAACACUGUUAAAAAUCUAUAGAAUACUAUAGUAUUUUCCGAUAGAAAUUUUACCAUAAAUCUGUUGGAAAAAGUAUAGGAUAUGCGCCCUAGAAACUGUAGAUCAUUUCCUGCAGGCUCCCAAAAUUCUGUAAAAUACUAUAUAAUUUCAUCCUACAGAAAACAAACUCCGUAGAAUGUUCUAUAGACUUUUAUAGAAAACUACACUGGUAUUCUAUAGCUAAGGGUAUAGAUAGCCGACUCAUGCCAUCGCUAAACCGAUAACGGGGCUCAACGCCGUCGUUAAAUAUAACGGCAAGUUAACAUGUUAAAGAUAACGGGGCUUCCUGCAACAGACUUUCUCUCCGUGAAAGAUAACAAACUGUUAACACCAUGCGAGUCUUUAUAAGUUAACAGAGCUUUGAACAACCGACCCCUAGACAUUUUAAAUAGGGAUCAAGCGACGUUGAAUUAUUUUUCACCUGUGGACAGCGGGUUCCUGGUUAUACUAACAACAGAAUCCAUAGAAAGAGGUCGAAAGGGACCGAAAGUCGAGUGGGUUAACAAACUAGUUUGGCUGUUAAAAGAUGAAAUCUCAAGGUCAGAUUUGAUGCACUUAAGCUACUAUUUAGAAUUCGUAUAACUGCUUUUGAAAUCAUUGAUUUGUACCCAUUCCUUUCAGUGCGCCACUAAUAUUAUCACAGCUAAUGUCAACGGCUAGUGUCAUCCCUUUCUUAAUCAGUUUCCUAAAAUGAAGUGUCCCAGAUCAGUUUGACUACAAAAAUAGGGCUUCAGACUUAGUCGAAUUUUUUUGGCUAUGGUAAAAAUAAGACUGCACUUUUCUGAUGUCUUAUAACUUCAUCUUCGGUUUAAAAUAUUGUAUAUUUUGUUUGUUUUCUGAUGUUUUUUUUUUUUGUUUUUUUUUUUGUUUUUUGGGGGUGGGGGUAUUGGGUUUUUUUAUUUGUCCUGAUUUAUGUCAAAUGAAAUGUUAGAAUCUCAAAAACACCGAGUAUAUAUGCUGUGUAUAUAUUAAGGGUAAACCUUUAAACUAUAGUCAAAUCGAGGGAAGAAAAAAUGGUUGUUAGUAGUCUAUAUUUAAAUAUGCCGGUAUUAUAUACUAAUACAAUGUAUGCUGAUAUAAUAUUGUUCUAGGAAUUAUAUUUGUGGGAUUUAUAAUAUAUUUGUAAAUAAAACUAAUGAAAUGGUU